CAACGGCACUUGUGGAGUCGUUGGGUUACGUCAACUUACUGUUGUCCUGACAGGAAGUGGACUUUCAGAGGCGAGGCGAGUCAAUACGAAGAGACCCACAGAUGACUUUGUGGUCGCUGAAGCUAUCCAGCACAUGUAAUUCCGACACGAAGUCAACAUUAUUGGCGAAAGACUGCACGCUUUUCUUCAGCUCAACCCAUGGAUAGAAGAGAGACCAUGGAGGAAACGUCUCAAGAAGACAACCGGGACUCUGUGUCCUCGAGCAAUUCUGCUGGAAGCCCCCCAUCCAGCACUGUCAUGGUGGAUGCUGCCACUGAGAUGGGACCUGAACUAGCCCACCGUUCAGAAGACGUCUGUGGGAAGAAGUACUCAUACCUCGCACGUCCAGAAUCGCAUGGAAGUCGCGUGAAGGAGUAUGCUGUGCUCCACACCAGGCCCAUACAUGAGAGGUACGCGUCGUUCGCAAGCAGAAAAUCAUCGUUCGACCUUUAUCCUGCAACUGCGAAGGGAAACACAGAGAAAAUGUCAAAAGCUGGAUUCUUCUACACUGGUGCUCAAGAUCGCACAACCUGCUUUCAGUGCGGCAACUCUCUUUCCAGUUGGAGCGAUGAGGACGACCCAUUAUUUGAACACGCCAGGUGGUACAGAGACUGUCCUUACGUCAUUCUGCAGCUUGGCGAUGAGGCUAUCGAGAACAUUAGUCGGUAACACAGCAAUGCAGUGGCAGAGUUAAUUUACCCUUCGCCCGCGAUAAAGCUGUCCAACCUAGAGGAAUCUAGUGAAGCAAGCGCUUGUACAGGUUGUACAAGGGCAGGUUGCUUCGAGGUGUUUGUUCACAUCCCUUUGUUCCUGUAUUUGGUGGACAUCUCCCCCUGCAAGCGCUCCUCCUUUACUGUGUAUACUGAACAUACUGCAUACUGAACAAGUUAUUUUGUUCUAAAUUUGCUAAAUAUUUUUCGAAUGCUUUACUUCGUUGUACACUGCAACUUCCCGUUGUUCUUUUUUUUUGUUGUUGUUGUGGUGGUUUUGUUAUAAAGAUCUCACUGAAUGCUU